AUGAUGAGUAUGGACGUCAAACAACGUAUUUGUGGUAUUGUCGGAGGUUUGGCCUAUGUUUCCACAGCAGAAUAUUAUAAUCAAAUGAACCAAUUGGUUGGGAAAUCGUUGCCAGGUCAUGGAAGUCGAAUUCAUAUCGUAUCAUUGGAUAUCUUUGAAUAUGUCGAUUUAUUGAAUAAAAGUCAAUGGACUGCUGUAGCUGAAUUCAUUCUCGAAGGUAUUCAUCAGUUGGUUAAAAGCGGUGUUGAUUUCGUGCUUAUCUGUUCUAAUACCGUACCACGAAUCGUUGAAUAUUACCCUAAUUUAGUUUUGCUUCAUAUCAGUGAUGCAGUUGCAUUUGCAAUUAAAGAAAAAAAGCUGAAAAAAAUUGGAUUUUUGGGAACAAAGUUUAGUAUGACGUCGGAUAGUUGCGUAGUGAAACGAUUAGUUGAUCAUCAGUUAGAAAUCGUCUUUCCACCUGCGGAUGAAAUGGAUCGUUUACAUCAAAUUAUCCUCGAUGAAUUAUCAAACAACAUUUUCACGAAAAAAUCAGUCGAGUUUUACGUCAAAUCAAUCCAACGUCUUUCUGAUGAACAACAGGUUGAAGGUGUGGUACUUGGGUGUACUGAAAUUCCUUUAUUAGUCAAACAAUCGGAUAUCCCGCAUGUGCCUUUAUUUGAUUCAUCGCAAUUGCAUAUUCAACUGGCAGUUGAUUAUCAGCUCGGUCGAUACGAUUUUCAAUCAUUUUUGCCAUCGAAAACUGGUUAA